AGAAAGAACAGUAAAAAUGAAGGCAGGGCACAGGACAAAGCACUCGGGACAAAAUUGAAUUUAGUAAAUGUCACUUUUUGUCAUUUUCAAAUUUCCAGCCGUUCUGUCCCCGUACGUCCUGACGUCGCAGGGGAUGGAACCCAGAUGACAGAUGCCGGUAUCCGCCGGAGGACAUUGCCGGGGACGCUGCAGGGGGGACAUCGCGGGAGCGAAGGACAAAGUAAGAGAAGAACAGAACGCAGAGCAGCGCCGCAUGGUAAGCCCGAGUGUAGCUCGGGGUUACCGCUUGUGGUACUGAAA